AUGUCUCCUGCACCUGUCGCUGCCUCUGGGCAGCAGGACCCCCAGCUUCAGACCCUGGCGAAAGCUUUCGAAGCUCUUCUGCUAACCACCCAGCAAUUUAUCUGCAAGGAGAGAAUCUUGCAACAAAAGUUGGAAUAUGCUUAUGAUGAGUAUAUGAAGCUCGCAGGUCGACUUCCCAGCGGUCUUGACCCUCAUGUCAAGAUUGUCUCAGAGAAGAUUCGCGGUCACCCCUCCGAAUACGGGAACCAAAAGCCCGUGUCUUUCAGUCCUCCCGAUAUAGUAAGAGCACUAGCAGAGUCUGGGAAUGUAGGCAACCAGACUCUCAAACCAAUAGCGGACGGAGUGGUGUGUUACAAAUCUAUCCUGAAUUUACAGUGUGUCCCCGACCUCAACCCAUGUCUUGUUGCCACUAGGGCCGGAGCUCCUGGCUCUUUAGAAAAAGACUUCACCACCAAAGGCACUCAGGGAAAUCUGCACUGCCCAUUCGCAAACUCUAAGAAUAUGCCAUCUGACAAUGGGAUGGCUAAUGGGAUUGAAAAUCCUUUCAAGAACCAGAAUAGUGACACGUGUGGACACGAAAGUUUAGACCCCAUAAAGGCUGAACGAAAUGAUAGACGUUCUAGUCAGACUCCUUCGAUUAGGACAUCGACCACUCAAUGUCCUGUUGCCCGGUGCCCUAUUAGAUACUUAGACCAACAUAGCCCGGAAGAAAUUGCCGACUAUGUUGAGAGACACAAACACGAAAUACCCCGAAGCCAUGCAAUUUGUGUCCAACGUUAUCAGAAGGAUUCCCACAGCAUGCGGCAUCUAGAUGCAAAGUAUGGUAGUCUCAUUAAUAUGAUUCGAGGGUUAUCCGUCAAACAUCAAGCGUUCCUCCCGAACCGUGGUAAUAGCGGCGCGCCGACAUCCAGUUCCUCUGCCGAACGAGUGGAAAAAUGGGCGGAAGAGGUUGGCAUAAAUUCGGAGAUGCAGCCCUCUAUCAAGGAGGAUGAGACAGAGAACGACGAUGGGAGGGAGGGCCGCUUUGACCGUCCGCUACGCGAGGUGCGCGUUGGUGAAUCUCCAAGCAGGCCUUGGGGAAUCCCUGUCCCGAUGCCCUUGCCUCCUUCAGCAUCGCCCCCGCUUUCGCCUCCGCCGGCGGCGGCCUUACCUGAGAAAUCUAAGAAGCCGUCUGAGGAAGAACCCAUUAGGGUCUCUUCCAUCCCGCCCCGCGACUCUACUCAACAAGCGCCGACGACGGCGCCCAAAUCUGGUCGUUGCCCUUUCGGCCAUGGUGUGGCUCAAGCUGCCAAUACAGCGCCGGAGACAGAGACCAUUCGCGAUCAUGGGAAGAAGAACGGAACCAUUGAAACCGCUGAGCAGGAUUUUGGAGAACAACCACAAGCUCAUCCUCCCCUAAAUAACUCGCCGGCCAGUAUCGUAUUCAACGGCCCUGUGUUCUUCGGCUUUUCCCCGGAGCAGACUUCUUCUUUCUUGCAGCAAUUGGGAUCUCUUGUCAAUAAACAGUGA